AUGUCCCGCCCAGUGACCGAAGUCGUCACCCUCACCUUGCUGCCUGGGGCCAACGCCGAGGAAGCCAUCAAGGGUCUGAACUCAGUCCUAUCAAGACGGGAAGGAUUCCAGUCUCUCAAAUGGGGGCGCUGGGAGCAGGAUAAAACCAAAGUCAACUUGAUUAUCGGCUGGGAUGAUGUCUGCUACCACAAGGCGUUUGAGCAAUCUGCAACCGACUCUGCUGCCGCGGGUGCCUUUCUAGGACCCGUGCUCGCCGGGCCACCGUUUAUGUUCCACGUCUAUCUCGACCCCGCUGAGCGGGACAAAAUCCUGGGCGCCCCUGUUGUCGAAGUCGCCACGUUCUUCUCGGUUCCCGAUGAUUACUCCGUCGAAGGCGAGAAGUUUUUGGAGAUCCUCGGCUCGUUCAAGGGAGGUCUGGGCUUUCUGCAUGCGGAUGUCGUUGAGGAGAUCUCUGCGGGUGGAAGCGGUCAGAAAGGACGGGGAUGGUUUGUUCUUCUGGCCUGGGAAUCCAUUGACUUGCACGUGGCGGCCAAAGACUCGGAUGCCGUGCAGCAGAAUUAUCACUUGAUCAAGGGGGAGGGCAAGACGGAUGAGAUUGAGUGGCACUAUGUUAGGUUUAGGGAUGCUUAGGGAUAACUAUUUUCCCUAUUUUCCCUCCUUGUCGUAGUGAUUUCACGCAUGUCUACAAGGAUAUCAAGUACUUCUUCCUUUUCGAAGCCUGCACGCAUGGGAAAAUAAAUGGAUUGAAUAGCCGCCAGUGUGUCUUCCUCAAAUAGCAGGGGUAUAAUUCCAAUGCGGAUUCGAGGUUCUGCUCUGUGAACACCCGAGGCGGAUUCAAACAGAAUGAAUAAACCACAACCAGACAACAAACAUUUCUAAUCAGGCAGAAUGGAGAUCUUGCUUGAAAGCAUUUCAAAUGUACAUAUCCACUCCACCAUCCAAAAAGUCCGACAAGCAAUAAAUACGUCAAUCUGAGUCCUUCGCCUUCCAUCGCGAUUACGGAGUACUCCUUACUAAGAUCUUUCACGCACAGACAGUGAAGGGAGUGGGUGGAAAGAUUACCCUGGCGAGCGAGGAGCAAGCCCCUGCCAAGAACCGCCCAGUAAUUCCGCCAUCUAUUUGGCAGGCAGCAGGCGGAGAAGAAAGUGUCAAUCCAUAAUGCUCUG